UGGAUAUAGCACCGGGCUCGCCAGUGUUGUGAUACACAGGUGGCGGGCUGACCGCGCUCCCUCGCCUCCCUGGGCCUCUCAAAGAUGUGGACGCUGGAGAGUACUCUGACCAAUCCAGAAGACAUUCGAUACUUAUACUGUGGAACACCAUUGAUGGUUAGCCGACAAGAGGGUCAUGUUCUUCUCAAGGGUGACAAGUCCAUCAGUCGACAGCAUGCUGCCAUCUUCAUCACUCACUCGGUUGAAAAUUUGAAAAAUCCACAAGCAUUGCCAAAGUUUGAGCUUACUGAGCUAGGAGCUAAGUACGGUACUUUUGUGAAUGAAGGAAUUGAGACCGACAGAAAAUUGGCUAUAAAUUCGAAAACUGUGCUGCAAGAUGGGGACAGGCUCAGAUUUGGCAUGCUUACCAACACAUGGAGGUUGGCAUACCGGCCCCUGGUGGUAGCAUCAUCAUCUAUGCCACCAAAUAGCAAGGCUUUGCUGACAGAUACAUUGCUCAAGCUGGGAGGCCACAUGGUUGGUGAAUGGAAUCACUCGUGUACAUACUUAGUCAUGACCAACAUCACAUUCACAGUCAAGGCUGUGUGUGCUUUAGCUGACAGACGUUACAUAGUGACUCCAGAAUUUUUUGCAAAGUGGCUGGAUGCUGUAAUUAACAAAACUUCUCAUCCAAAUCCUGCUGAAUAUGAACCUCCAUUAAAGGAGGUGACAGUUAAUAGUACAGAGGUGUCUUUUGCCCCUGAUGAGAAGAGAAAGUCAUUGUUGAGUGGGCAAACAUUUUUAUUUAAUUCUGAAAAGCAGCUUAAGAGGAUGGGGUUGGCUAUAUCUUUAGCAGGUGGCAGUUCAGAGAAGCUUAAUGAAAAAAAUUACAAAUUGUUGAUCUCUGGUAACCAUCGCUUGGUGAAAAAUGUUACGCAGAAGUCGAGCGCUAAUGAUAACACCCUCUACAACACUGCUGAAAAAAUUCUAAAUGAUAAUGGAUUGCGUGCCAUACCUGAGGCAGACAUUGGCUUAGCUAUUCUAUACAUUGACACUAGUGGCCAUUGCAAUCCAGCCUUCAAGGUUUCUAGUAUCCUUCGGCGCAUUGGGUCGUCAGCGUCACAGAUGACCGAGGGUUUAAAGAUAUAUGCAUCGGAGACACAGGACACAGAGGAGAACGCGUUGAGUUUGACAGGCACUCGGGUGGUGGCUGAGACUGGUCAGUCAUCAACUUCCAAACGAACUCCUUCCACAGCACCUACCACCAAUCCUUCACUCGCACCCAGUAACAUGUCAACAUUUUUCAAUACCAGUACAGCCAUGCUACCUACAAUAGACCAGUCGCUGACAGGCAUAACUGGCAGUGAGGGUAAAGAUAACAUUUUGAACAGUGUCAAGAAAAGGCAAAGACCACAGUGUGAUCAAGAAACUGCACCUUUACCAAAACGCAGUAAUAAACUCAUCACAGACGAGAGACACUUGGGUACUCCAGAUCCUACACAACCUAUGGAAUCACAGAUUGAUGGUAUUGACUCCCAGUCAGACUCUCAAUUAGUCUCAAGUUUUGAGCCACGCAAUUUCAGCACCCAGAAAAAUGUGAAUUCAACCCCUAUUACCUCAUCAUUCUGUACACCACGGUAUCAAAAUGGCACAAAUGGUAGGACAGCUGUGAGUCGUGUACUAAAUAAUACCACCACCACCACCACCAUUGAAAGCCACGACAAACUCAAUGAUCAUGCAGGUGUGAAAUCUGUCCCAUUUGUACCUUACACUCUUCCUAGCUUAACUGCAGAGACUCAGAAUCAUCAUGAAGUGUCAACCCAAUCCUUUGCUCCUGUUAAAGAAGAGCUUCCCAGUGUUGAUGCAAAUGAAAGUUUAUUUGAUGUCACGGAUUGCCAGCGGGUGAAAAGAAGAGCGGGUCAGGAAAUAGGCCCUAUUAAAAAUGAAAAUAACUUUCCGUUUCAUGGGGGUAAAAAAAGGAGAAUGGGUAAUGAUAACAGUGACUUUGUCAAGACAGAGAGAUCUAGUGGUGAUGUCGGCAUGUCAGGUCAUGUAGAGCAAAGAGCAAAAACUCCCAUACACAGUGUGAAGCAGGAACUGGCAAACGACGAAGACCUUUUCUCCCUUCCAACAUCCAGUGCAAGAAGACGGAGGAGAGAAAAUUGUCAGAGCCCUGCAGCAGCAUCUGUUACAGGUAUAAGUAAGAGUACUAGAGAACCUGUUCCAGAUGCAGAACUCUUUGCCUUACCAGCAUCCUCUCGGUCAGAGCGCAGGAGACGGCAACUUGAAAAGAUGGCCGAAGAUACACAAGUGCCUCCUGUUAGCAGUCGGAUAGAGUCAGAGAAGGCAACCACAUCCUUAGUUAACAAUCCUUCUGAGGCCAAUGUACAGCAGGGUCAACAAAAUGUGAUUAUAACAAAUACUAGCAAUUUUAUAUCAAAGAAAGAUUGUUCCAUUAAACGAAGUCCAAGCGAUUUAGAAACAGCCGCUAAAACUGGCAUGCCUCCUCCACUGACGAUGAAACCUGGAGAUGUUGCUGAGCUCAGUGGCAUGUUGGAGAAAUCCUUAAUGGUCUUAGAAGUGGUUUCUCUUGUGAGACGAAAUAACCGACCAGUUCCUACACCCUCAUACAAUCAGAGCUCUGAUAGCCUUAAAAAUUACAAGAGAUUUAGAAAGAAUAUAAGUGAAAUGACAUCAUUGCCAAGAAUCAUAGGAGGCAGGGAUCUGGUUGCACAUGACGUUGCAGAGAACCCACUACGUAAUGCAUGGUUUGAAGAGAAUCCAGAUGUAACGCGAAUGCUUGAUGAAAGAACUAUGCAGAAAAAUGCUGGACCUGAUAGUAAUGGUGAUAAUGAACUGUUUGACUUGCCAAUAAAUUCCAGGAACCGGUCAAGGAUACGUAGAUAAACACACAAAUUAAUGUUGUGUACAUAUACAGUAGUAUAGGACUACAAACUCGAAGAGACCACUAAUAGAGACAAUUGCAAAAGCUCUCGAGUUGUGCUGUUAUCAAAGCAUGGACUUGUGUGUUAGACUCGGGCACCACAUGCUGAAAUGUAAGGAGUUUGGUCACGGAAGGGUUGAGGAGUAUUUACUCACUUGAUAUAUAUAAGUAAUAAGUUGGUCUGUUGUAUUUGGUGAUUGACUUCUAUACCAAAUACAUGAGUCUGUCAAAUGUUACAAUCUUUAUACAGAUAUGCAAGUCAAGAGACCAUUUAAAUCCUGUAUAUACAUACAUUAUCAUUAACCCAUUUUCCAUUUUCCUGUGGUGUGGAUACAUUGACUUGGAGAUAGUGAAUAUGUACUAUGGCGAGAGUAGCCUACAUGUAUAAAAAAAUAUAUAAUUUCACUUGUUCAUUCAUUAUAUCAUUACAUUACGUAGCAGCACCCUCAUAACUACACAAGAAUUGUCCUGUACAGUACAUACAGAUGCAUUCACUCUUUUUUUUUUUUUUUUACAAACUGCUUCCACCCAGCCAUGUCCUUUACCAUAUCUUGUGCAUUAUUUGUGCUCUUUACUUCCUUCUAUUCUUCCUUGUCUGCAAACCUUCUUUCAGAUUUUUCUCUCCUCCUCCUGCACUUGAAUGCACUCUCCAGCAGUCAACUAUCAACAAUUGUUUCAACAUACACAGACCCUCUCAGUACGCUUUCCUCAAUCUUACUGUUAUUGAUUUUUGCAUUCUACAUCUUUAGAUAUCAUUUUUAUUAUGUACUCUUAACAUGCUUCUCAGAUUAUCCAUGCAUGCUAUACUACUAAUUUUGUAUCUUCGUACCACACCAUCUUCUUGCAGCUGUACAUAAUGAUUGGCACUACUACUCCUUCAUGGAGCCUUCUAGCCACAUCAAGUUUCAACUCAUCUUAUACCCAACCCACGAAUCUGAAAAGUAUUGACAUUUCAUUCUGUCUGGAUCAUGAUCAAGUAUAUAUAGAGGUAACCCAAAUCUAGUUCCUAACCAGGCACUAUGAGGUAAAUUAUCUGGAGCUAGGAGAAAAGGCUACUCUCCAGGAAUCUGUGGUCUCUACUAGUCUGCUUCAGUGCCACAGUAAACACCUCACAACCUCCUUGCUUUCUAUUCCUACAAGCUCUGCUUCUACUCCAUUUCUUUUAGCGUGAAUUGAGGUUAAAGAUAUUCUUAUAUUUCCUCAUACUGUAUAUAGGCCUUCUUAAGAGUCGGCAUCAAAGGCUUCCAGCUGGUCAGACACUUUAAGUCAUAUCGAGGACUCCUGUACCUGUUGUUUUCAGUUCCAACAUAGAUAGCUUUCUAAUAGUUUCGUGUGUCUUAUUCAAUGUUUCUUAACAUGUCUCCAUGAUCACUGAACUUAGUCCAUAUAAUUUGAUUAAGUAUUGUGGCACCUCUGUUAUCUUCAAAGCUGUUGGCUGGCAUGAUAAUGUCUGUUAUUAAUUGAACAUUUAUUUUUAUGUCUGUACCCCUCUUCUACCCUGGUCAUGAUAGUGGAAACAUGCCAGCAACUUUUCUCCAGAGAAGAAUUAUGAUAAUAUAAUAAAACUACAAUUAACAUUAUUGUUUUCAACUUAAUUAAAACAAACUAUUGUUUUCCAAAUCACAUCAUGAUGGUAUCACUUGAACAGGUGGUACAUUAUAUAUAGUGUGUAAUUAAAAUAGAUUUACCUGU